AUGGGAAGCCUCGGAACCAACGACAUGAAAUCGAUGGUCGAGCGCCCCAGUUUGCUGCGCUUCGCGGCUUCACGACUGAGGCGAAUAUCAGAAGGUCAAUUCUCGACCGAGGUGCGAGAAAAGGCUACAUUGUGUCUACUGGAUUGGCUGGGUGCUGCACAAGUUGGUGCCCCGAACCCUCUAGGCCGAAAGGUGCUUGAGUUUGCAACUCUCCAUGCUGGCAAGGCGGAGGCUUAUGUCUUUGGGGCCGAUAUGGCCAUGUGUGCUGAGACCGCCGCAUUGACAAAUGCCAUUCUGGCGCACAGCGGUGCACGAGAUGACAUGCAUCUGGAUUCUUGCUCUCACAUGAGUUCGAUGGUUGUCGCGGCCACCCUGGCUCUAGCACAACGUGAUCACUGGUCGGGCGACCAGUUGCUCCGAGGUAUCAUAGGGGGCUAUGAGAUGGGCGCUCUCCUAGGGACAUCCAUCCGGGCAAAUGGAACAUUCAACACCCACCUCCGAGCCAGUGAACUUAUCGGCGCGUUUGCCGCGGCAGGCGCCGUGGUGGCGGCCACUUUCUGCAACGAGGAGACCACCACCAAUGCACUGGCGUUGGCGGUCAACAUGGCCUGCGGAAUCAACGAGUGGGCGUGGAGCGGCGGACGCGAGAUCUUCAUCCAUAAUGGGAUCGCCAGUCGGGGUAAGGAUGGCUUCUUCCGCGCUCUCGGGGCCGGUGACGCCGCCGCCGACGUGUUUCGAAGCUGGGACCGAGAGUCUGAGAUUGGCCCGGGGAUUUUGGAUGUCCAAUUCAAACCUGCGCCCGUGUGCAACUUUACCCAGACGUCGUCAGCAAUGGCGCUGAAGAUCGCCCAAGCACACGGGCAAGCGUUGACGAAUGAGGUCGAGAGCAUCAGGAUCACAGCCACCGCAGCCGCCAUCGCAUAUCCUGGCUGUGACAACGCCGGACCCCUCGAGACCGUGUCCCAAGGCAAAUUGAGCAUUCAGUACGGAGUAUGCAGUUCUCUCGCGUUUGCUCGUCUUGACGAGGAGACAUUGGGGCGCGUUCACGACUCCAAAGUGGCUUCGUUAAUGCACAAGUGCGCUCUCUUAACCACACCCGAGUAUGAAAAGAGCUAUGCGAUAGGUAACCAGCCGGCCAAAGUCGAAGUGGUCCUGCGGAACGGAGCUGCGCUUCAAGAAGCCGCCCCGGACGUGCCUUGGCUGAAUGCGCAGCAGGUGAAAGCACGCUUUCUACAAGAGAUUUCUCCCUUGGCUCCGGCGCACGCAGGAGAGAAGAUGCUGGAACGGUGUCAAAUGCUUCGGGGCCCUGGCAUUGCAAAUCAAAUCUUUGGAAUUUGA